AUAAGGGGCCAGGGUAUAAAAAGGGCCCACAAGAGACCAGCUCCAGGAUCCCAAGGCCCAACUCCCCGAACCACUCAGGGUCCUGUGGACAGCCCACCUAGCUGCAAUGGCUGCAGGCUCCCGGACAUCCCUGCUCCUGGCUUUUGCCCUGCUCUGCCUGCCCUGGCUUCAAGAGGGCAGUGCCUUCCCAACCAUUCCCUUAUCCAGGCUUUUUGACAACGCUAUGCUCCGCGCCCAUCGCCUGCACCAGCUGGCCUUUGACACCUACCAGGAGUUUAACCCCCAGACCUCCCUCUGCUUCUCAGAGUCUAUUCCGACACCCUCCAACAGGGAGGAAACGCAGCAGAAAUCCGUGAGUGGAUGCCUUCUCCCCAAGACGGGGAUGGGGGAGGCCUGUGGUCAGAGGCCCUGGGCAGCACAGCCACUGCGUGUCCUUCCCCUGCAGAACCUAGAGCUGCUCCGCAUCUCCCUGCUGCUCAUCCAGUCCUGGCUGGAGCCCGUGCAGUUCCUCAGGAGUGUGUUUGCCAACAGCCUGGUGUAUGGCACCUCGGACAGCGACGUCUAUGACCUCCUAAAGGACCUAGAGGAAGGCAUCCAAACACUGAUGGGGGUGAGGGUGCUGCCAGGGGUCCCCAAUCCUGGAACCCCACUGGCUUCGAGGGCUGGGGGAGAGAAACACUGCUGCCCUCUUUUUAGCAGUCAGGCCCUGACCCAAGAGAACUCACUUUAGUCUUCAUUUCCCCUGGUGAAUCCUCCAGGCCUUUCUCUACACCCUGAAGGGGAGGGAGGAAAAUGAAUGAAUGAGAGAGGGAGGGAACAGUGACCAAGCGCUCUCCGCCUCUCCUUCUCUUCCUUCACUUUGCAGAGGCUGGAAGACGGCAGCUCCCGGACUGGACAGAUCUUCAAGCAGACCUACAGCAAGUUUGACACAAACUCACACAACAAUGAUGCACUGCUCAAGAACUACGGGCUGCUCUAUUGCUUCAGGAAGGACAUGGACAAGGUCGAGACAUUCCUGCGCAUCGUGCAGUGCCGCUCUGUGGAGGGCAGCUGUGGCUUCUAGAUGCCUGGGUGGCAUCCUGUGACCCCUCCCGAUUGCCACUCCUGGCCGUGGAAGGUGCCACUCCAGUGCCCACCAGAUGUGUCCUAAUAAAAUUAAGUUGCAUCA